GCCGGCGGCGGCAGAGGCAGAGGCGGCCACAGCAGCUUCGCCGGCGGCCGCGGCUGAGGAGCCGACGCCAGCGGCAGGAAGAAAGCAAGCCUGAGACAGCAGUGUAUAAAGACCGUGACAGUCCUGAGUAGCAGUUGUGAGUGGUAUUACUGCUAAAUACCUUCUGCGGAGCAUCUGAAAUAAACUUCUCUAUUGAUUUUUAUUGGCCUAGAGCCAGGAGUACUGAAUUCAGUUGAUUUUGGGAUAAAAGGAAAACAGUCCUUGUUGUCAUCAUAAACGUAUGAACCAGUGUGAUGGUGAAAUGAGAUGAGGCUCCGAAAUGGAAUUGUAACCACUGCUUUAGCAUUUAUUACUUCGUUCCUUACCUUAUCUUGGUAUACUACGUGGCAAAAUGGGAAAGAAAAAUUGAUUGCUUACCAACGAGAAUUUCUUGCUUUAAAAGAACGUCUUCGAAUUGCUGAACAUAGAAUCUCACAGAGAUCUUCUGAAUUAAAUAGCAUUGUACAACAGUUUAGGAAUGUAGGAGCAGAAACAAAUGGAAGUAAGGAUACACUAAAUAAGUUUUCAGAUAAUACCUUAAAACUAUUAAAGGAGUUAACAAGCAAAAAAUCUCUUCAAGUGCCAAGUAUUUAUUAUCAUCUGCCUCAUUUAUUGAAAAAUGAAGGAAGUCUUCAACCUGCUGUGCAGAUUGGUAAUGGAAGAACAGGAGUUUCAAUAGUAAUGGGAAUUCCCACAGUGAAGAGAGAAGUUAAAUCUUACCUCAUAGAAACUCUUCAUUCCCUUAUUGAUAAUCUGUAUCCUGAAGAGAAGCUGGACUGUGUUAUAGUAGUCUUCAUAGGAGAGACAGAUAUUGAUUAUGUGCAUGGUGUUGUAGCCAAACUGGAGAAAGAAUUUUCUAAAGAAAUCAAUUCUGGCUUGUUAGAAAUAAUAUCACCUCCUGAAAGUUAUUAUCCUGACUUGACAAAUUUAAAGGAGACAUUUGGAGACUCUAAAGAAAGAAUAAGAUGGAGAACAAAGCAAAACUUAGAUUAUUGUUUUCUAAUGAUGUAUGCUCAGGAAAAGGGCAUAUAUUACAUUCAGCUUGAAGAUGAUAUUAUCGUGAAACAAAAUUACUUUAAUACUAUAAAAAACUUUGCACUUCAACUUUCUUCUGAGGAUUGGAUGAUUCUAGAAUUUUCCCAGUUGGGCUUUAUUGGUAAAAUGUUUCAAGCACCAGACCUCACUCUGAUAGUAGAAUUCAUAUUUAUGUUUUAUAAAGAGAAACCCAUUGAUUGGCUCUUGGACCAUAUUCUCUGGGUGAAAGUCUGCAACCCUGAAAAAGAUGCAAAACAUUGUGAUAGACAAAAAGCAAAUCUGCGAAUUCGUUUCAGACCUUCCCUUUUCCAACAUGUUGGUCUGCACUCAUCAUUAUCAGGAAAAAUUCAGAAACUCACGGAUAAAGAUUACAUGAAACCAUUACUUCUCAAAAUCCAUGUAAACCCACCUGCAGAGGUAUCAACUUCCCUGAAGGUUUACCAAGGACACACACUGGAGAAAACUUACAUGGGAGAGGAUUUCUUCUGGGCUAUAACCCCAGUUGCUGGAGACUACAUCUUGUUUAAAUUUGAUAAGCCAGUCAAUGUAGAAAGUUAUUUGUUCCACAGUGGCAACCAAGAACAUCCAGGAGAUAUUCUGCUAAAUACAACUGUGGAAGUUUUGCCUUUUAAGAGUGAAGGUUUGGAAGUAAGCAAAGAAACCAAAGAUAAACGAUUAGAAGAUGGCUAUUUCAGAAUAGGAAAAUUUGAGAAUGGUAUUGCAGAAGGAAUGGUGGAUCCUAGUUUAAAUCCCAUUUCAGCCUUUCGACUUUCAGUUAUUCAGAAUUCUGCUGUUUGGGCCAUCCUUAAUGAGAUUCAUAUUAAAAAAGUCACAAAUUGACCAUCUAUGAAAUCAGCAUUUUUCUUCAGUGAAUAUGUUAAUUAAAGAUAGUUAAGCAUGUACCCUUUUUUUUUUUUUUUAACUUGAACACUACCUCUUGUGAAAUCUACUGUAGAUAAGAUGAUUGUCAUUUCCACUUGGAAAGUGAAUCUCCCAUGGAUAAUUGUACUCAAUUGAAACUAUGCUGUCCUCUGAUUUUAACUUGACUCAAACAUUUUACGACAGCCUGUUAAUAUGACUUGUACUAUUUUGGUAUUAUACUAAUACAUAAGAGUUGUACAUAUUGUUACAUUCCUUAAAUUUGAGAAAAACUAAUGUUAAAUACAUUUUAUGA